GUUAGUGACGUCGCGGCACGAGUCUGGCAGCUUCAGUAAUAGGUAUUGAUACCGCGAAGAAAUACAGACUUGACAUUGAAAACACUUGCAAAGGAGAAGCUCAAAUAAUUAAGUACCGUGUAUAUCUCAUCAAUGCCAUAGAGGAAAGACAAUAUCAAAGAAAAUAAGAAAAAGAACAAUCAUGCCGACGCUACUUCAGCGGCUACGACCGCUCGGCGGCUGCUACUCCCACAUCCCCUCCUCCAUCGGUCGACGAUCCCGUAACCCUCUUUUCCCUCCUUCUCCUGCUCCGACCGCCCCGCCGUCCCGUCCGUCCAGCUUCUCCGCCUCCCCGGCCCUCUUCAAAAACACAAACCUGCCACCGCGUCCCAAGCCGCCUCCCGAGGACGAAAUCGAGGAGUCCUUCCUGAAGGGCAGCGGGCCCGGCGGCCAGAAGAUUAACAAAACCAACUCGGCCGUCCAGCUGAAGCACCUGCCGACAGGCAUCGUGGUCAAGUCGCAGGCGACGCGGUCGCGCACGCAGAACCGCGCCAUCGCCCGGCAGUUGCUAGCGGACAAGCUGGACCAGCUGGCGCGCGGGGACGAGAGCCGGGCCGCCGUCGUCGGCGAGUUCCACCGCAAGAAGAAGGCCAGCUCGGCCAAGAAGAGCCGCCGGAAGUACCGCAAGCUGGAGAAGGAGAAGGAGGAGGAGAAGGAGAAGGAGAAGGAGGAGGAGAUGGAGGACUACUUCGACAUCUACCCCGACUCCGCACGACUUAGAGAGAUAAAAGAGAGACGUCUAAGAAGAGAGAGAGAGAUAGACCAUAGGUCAAAAUAACGACAAAAAAUAAGAAUGAAAUUAAAAACGUACAUUAAAAAGAGGAAGACAGUAGUAGAUAAGCUCGUUUGGACACGCGUUACAACGUGAGUUGUUUAAGAGUAUUUUUUUUCUCUCAAAACUACUAUUUUAUUCCGUAAUACCGCCCCCUGGGGGCAUUAUGAUAGCCAUUAUAAAUCAGUAUAAUCCGCACUGGUCUGUUUAUUACACGAGCAGGUCCACGCACUGUUAAAAGAACUAGUUUCUACUGAAUCAUUACGUAGUAGCUUUUUACAUGCUUGUGGUUCACAAGUUUCACG